AUUGACAUCUACGCUUGCGCAGAUUGCUGUAUUUUGGAAAUAGCGUUAAAGGCAAAUACCGUAUUACGGUAUUUUGAAAGAAUACCGUAAGGUUACCGUAUUAUGAUCGUGACUCUUCGGAUAUGUCCGCAUGUCAUUUGUACCGAAUCGGAAAGAAGAAGAAAAUUUCAAAAAUGAACUGUAUACUAUGGCUUCACUCUGGUAUUCCGGAUAUUUUAUAGUGAGUGUAAUAAGAUGACACAAAACAAAAGUCGGUUAAGAUUUACAUAUGAAAAUGAUAUUAUAUUAGCUAGAGAAGUAUUAAGUCAGAAUCCCUAUGAGGAUGCUGUAAGAUGGGAAACAAUCCAAACUAAUGUUAAUAUCUUAACCACAAAAAAAUUUACAAUACGAGCACUAAAGGAACACUUAAAUAUGCUCAUAUUACAAUAUGUAAAAAAGGAUAAAAUUAACAGAUCCAAAUCUGGGGUGGAAGAGGUUUAUUCGGAAUUGGAUCAACUUCUACAGGAAAUAAGCGAUAUUGCCAAAAAUGAAAUGGUUACGUCGGAGAAAAAAAACGAAAAACAAUUAUUGACCAUAUUGGCAAAAAAAGGAAAAGAAGCCAGAGAUUUAGCAAUGAAGUCCCACAUUAUAAAUAAAGAAAAUGAAAUAAUCAUUUCAGAUCAUGAUUAUGUCAUAUCGAAUGCUGAAGAAAUUACAGCAGAUGUGGAUUUACAUUGUCUGAUUGAAGAACCAGAUUCAGUGACCACACAUACCCCAAACGUGAAACGAAAUAUUUUGACACCAACCAGAAAAAGAAAAUGUAAUCCAGCCAUGAAAAAAAAUGCGUUGGAUUAUUUGGAAAAAAAGCGGGAGUGGGAAAUUGCCGUUAGAAAGAAGGAACUGGCGUUAAAAGAAAGGCAAUUAGAUUUAGAAGAAAAAAAACACAUACUAGAAAGAGAGAAGUUUGAAGCAGAAAAAUUGGAAAAAGCAGAAAAAAGGAAAAUGAAACAAGAAAAGUUUCUACAAGACAAAGAGGAAAGAAAACAAAUAAUUGAAAUGAUUAAAGUGCAAAUGCAACUAUUGCAGCAGUUUGUAACAUUGAGUAAUACCUCUAAGUUAGUGUAGUGUGGGUUUAUUUAAAUAUAGAUUUUAGUUGUACAGGUUUUUAUUUUUGAGUUAGCUUAGAUAAUCCUUUAUAAAGUAGGUUAUUGUAAAUAAAAAUGUCCAACAUUUA